UAGACUAGUGAUGGGAAUUAUGAUUCCUUUUACUGACUCGAGUUUUAAUGAGUCACUCACCAAAGUGAAUCGAUUCAUUUGAGUCAUUUGAAUCAUUGAGUCACUUGCCCAGAGAGUCCAAAGUAAAACACGCCACGUCCAAUUUAUUCAUAUUACUAAAUUAAUUAUGAAAAUAAUUAAAACAAAUCAUUGCGUUGUGGGACACAAAGAAAACUUAUUAUUUAAAAUGUUAAAAAAAGUUUUUUCAAUGUAUGUAAAUUAAAUUUCUGGAAAAAAGAAAGGGAAAAAAAUAAAGUACAAACAAGUGAACAUAUUUUUAUAACAAGCUAAAUAAAGAGCAGAAAUCAACUGAGUUUCUGUUAGUUUUGUAGUUAAUUACAUUAUUGGAGAAAAAAAUUAGCAAGUUGGAUACCAAAGUCAGUUUAAAUUUUUAAAAAGUGGUGGAAUUGAUUAAUAUUCUUUUAUUUGCUUUUCAAGACAUAAAAUGAAAAAUGAAUUUAAUAAUGUGGCAGCAGUUCGUCUGGGCAGAGAAGCAGCUGAGCAGAGGAAGCAGCUCCUCCCCGUCAAACAGGCUGAUAAACUAAAGCUAAGCUAAGCUAAGCUAAAGCUAACGCUCCAGCACAAUGGAUUCCUACAAGCUUCAGAGCGAGGCAGAGCUGCUGAGAGUUUUUUUCAAACGAUUCACCUCCAAACGAGGCGAACUGCUCUGUGAUUGGUCACAGAUAUGAGUACUGACUCGAUACAGUCCAAAAUGAGUUCUCUUCAGUGAGCUCUGAGUCCUGAACGAAUCAUAGCUGCUCCUCCAUGUGUCCUGACUCGUGAUUCAGCUCGGAGCGAGGCGCUGUUCGGGCUUCCGGUGAGCUCUGAGUCCUGAAUCAUGAGUCAUCGCUCAUUUGAUUCAGCUCGAAACGAGGUGAAUCAAAUGAAUCAACUGAAUCAUAUGAGUGGUGACUCGAACACCUGCAUUCAUCCCGGACUCAGAGAGCAGCUCGCACUCACAACAGCACCUCCGCGAGGGGAGGGGUAUGGGAGUGGCCAAUAGAUCCUCCGGUUGGGAGGGGGAGCAGAUUCUCUGGUUGGGAGGGGCCAGGGAGCAGAUUCUCCCAAAGGGAGGGGUGACUGAGGAGCAGCAAGUGUUGUCUGUAGAAGAGCGGUGAGCACAGACAGAGCGAAACCAGCGAUUCUGUCGUGUUUCAGCUUUGUCUCUGAGGUUUUUAGUACUUCUCACAGCGAAGAGAAUUAGUGGAAGGAAGUGAGUCAAUUAAUGAGUCAGUGGGGAAGAUGACUCAUGAUUCUCGAGUCAGUAAAGUGACUCGCGAGUUUUGAACGAUUCGUUCACGACUCGCACAUCACUAGAAUAGACUAUCGUGAACUUAAGUGAGUAUGAUCAUAUCUCCAACCAAGUAAACCAAAACAAAAAAAAAAAACAACAUCCUUGACUAGUUUCCUGUAACCAUGGCAAUAGGAAGUUCUCUACAAUCUCAGUUUUUUUGUGUUGUGAGUCAGGGAAGUGUGCCGUUUCCUGCUGUUUUCACUGACUUCCUCUUUAUGGUUGUGUGCUCAUGCUUUAGUGUUUAGUCCUGGAAAACUGCACGUCUCCCUUCAAGUGACUUUACGUUUUUCUCUGUUUUUUCCUUUUUUUUUUUGGUUCAUUAUACCUGCAGCUCCAUCACAUAUGAAAUUUAAGUUCUAAAGGCCUGCAGAAUCCUGCCCCCUUUCCGGGGAACAAUUGGGGGACUGCAUCCAGGAACUCGUCUGCUCUCCCUGAUCUGAGCUUGGGAGCGAUGCAGCCAGGUCCUCAGUCCAGCAGCAGCUCUUUUUACCACACCAGGCCAGGGCUAUCAUCAGUCCCGAGGGGGGGAUGGACCGGGCCCUCCAGCCACAGACGCCACAGCCCCCCAAGAGCUGCAGCUCAUCAGGAAUGACUGGGAAACCAUGCUGGAGCUGGGACCUGAAGGUUGCACUGAUCCUGGUGACACUGGCAGGAGCCCUCAUCUUACUUCUGCUGUUCAGACUCCUGCAGCUGAGACACAGACUAAAUCUGGUCCGGGCAGGAAACAGCUUGGAGUACAGCGGCUUCUACCACAGCGCCACCUACACACUCAGACAGCCUACACCCUGUCAGAACCUGCCAGCCAAGAAUGGAAUCCUCCCUGAGAACGUGUCCCCCAUCCAAACCGUAACAGCAGUGACACCUUCUAUCUCCACCCCUGUGCCACCCCCACCUGUGACCCCUCAGCCCCCACUUCCACUCCCCUCACAUGGAGUCCUGCCACUCCCACCCCUGCACCCUGCACCUUCUCUACCUCCAUCACCUCGUGUCCUGUCUUUUCCCCUCCCUGUGAUCAGCACCACCCCACCGAGCCCCCAUCUGUCAUGGGGUGCAUGCUCAGAUGUAGAUGUUUAUUCUCGGAUUGGAGCUUUCAGGCCCUCCAGGGUGUCAAGUCUCUCCAGUCAGUCGACAGUGAUCCUGUUUGAACACUCGGCUCUGUGAGUGUCGGCUUUAAGGACACAGACGACCCUUUGGUUCCUUUAGAUCAGGGAUGGGCAAACUUUUCCACUCGUGGGCGACAAAGACUUCUAAAAUUCGACAAAAGGGCCGGACCAUGUAUGUAUGUUUGUACAUAUAUGGUCAAUGUAAUAGGUCAAUAGGCAGAUAGAUUGCAUAUAUGACAUCAAUAAAGUUUCAUUUAUUCAUAAAAAUAAAAGACACUGUUUAUGAAAUAAAAAAUAACCAAAUAUCUCUCUUUGAUCUUCAUAGAAAUAAGUCCUCUCCUGUCCCUUGUUGUGAGAGGAUACCUUUUGCUUUAUCUUGUUACUCUUCAUUUUUUGUUCUUAAUUUUCUAAUUUUUUUGAAAAUUGGACACUAGUUGCUUUUGACCUUUAUUGUCCAUCUUUCUGGUGUUUUGGAAAACCUCCCCACCAAAGACGUCGAUUAAACCAAUUCUCACCUCAACA